GCGCAGUUUGAGACCAUGGGCAACAACAAGAAGGGGGCGGCCAAGUCGUCGGCGACCAAGCGCAAGGCGCCGACCAACAACAAGGACCCGGGGCUCAAGAAGAAGGCCAAGAAGGACGCCAAGCCCGCGGCCAAGAAGGGCAAGAAGGGCGGCGCGAAGAAGAAGGCGGCGCCCGAGGCCGCGCCCGUCGAGGAGGACGUCGAGAUUGACGACGAAGACAUCGAGUUCUUCGAGGCGCACGGCCAGUACUCGUCGUUCCUCAACUCGAUGGACACCGCCGCCCUCGAAAAGUCGACGACGAAGAAGCAAAAGCAAAAGCCGAUGCCGGCCGCGGCCAAGACGCUCGAAGAGAUUGAGGCCGCACCGCGCGCCAUGUCGAUCGUCGAGAAGAAGGCGCCAGUCGACAUCUCGACCAAGCUGCCCGUCAAGUCGAUUGACGGCGUGGUCAAGCCCAACCAGCUCAUGCAAGACAUUGUGCAAGAGGCGCACGACGCCAAGGAGCGCGCGGCCGAGGAAGCCGCCGCUGCGGAGGAGGAUGAAGCGGAAGAUGACGAGGACGAGGAGGCCGACGACGGCGACGACGACCUCGGCAGCGACGUCUCGGACCUCGAGUGUGAAGAGAUCACGGACGUGGCCGAGCCCGAGACGAAGCCGACCAAGUCGAUUUCGCCCGAAGAGCUCAAGGCGCUCCAGAUCCGCCGGCUCGCGUCCAAGAAGGAAGAGAUGGCGGUGCUCUGCGAAGCCAUUCUCGAGUCGCCCGAAGACGGUCUGAAAAAGUCCAAGGACCACCCCGACAGCUUUAGCAAGUUUCAGCAGCUCCACGCCAUGUGCGAAGACACGGACUUGACGCUGUGCAAGCUCGCGAUGCUCUCGGAGCUCUCGGUCCUUCUCGACAUUCUGCCGGAUUACCGCAUCCGCCUCCAAGGCGACUCGGACGGGCCGCAAAAGAAGAAGGUCAAGGAAAUGAAGGAGUUUGAAGCCUCGAUGCUCAACAUGUACCAAAAAUUCCUCAAGUUUCUCGCGGCAACGGCCACCAACCGUCUCCAGAAGCUCAACCCGAACCAGGCGUCGCGCACAUCGACGCAGGUGGUUGCGUUUGAGCUGGCCGAGACCGCAGUCAAGUGCAUGGCCGAGCUUCUCAAAGUCAAAUAUGCCUUCAACUUCAACCUCAACCUCAUCGUGGCCAUGGUGCCGUUCGCCGACUCGCCGUUCAUGACGAUCCAGCGCCCGACCUGCGAGGCGUUUGAAGUCGUUUUCAAGGCUGACAAGACGGGCGUUGCGCCGCUUGAGAUUGUGCGUCAAAUGUCCAACUACGUCAAGAAGCGUCACCACCGCGUCACGGAGCGCAUGAUCCGCACGCUCCUCGCCAUGCCGCUCGACGUGACCAUGGAAGCCGGUGAGAUUGCGCGCAAGGUCGCCAAGUCGAGCCGGAAGAAGCGCCGUCGCCUCCAACAAGACGGCGACACGAUUGUGACGGGGUUGAAGGAGGCCGAGGCCGUCGUCGACAAGUCGGAGCGCGACAAGACGCAGGCGGACAUUCUGCACGAACUCGUGCUGAUUUACUUUCGCAUUCUCAAAAACUCGACGUACUCGCCGGCCAUGCCCGCGGUGCUUGAGGGCUUGACCAAAUACGCCUACUUAAUCAACCUCGAGAUCAUGAUUGACCUCAUGAAGGUGCUCAAGACGCUUUUGCGCGAAGACAUUUUGCCGCUCCAGUCGGCGUUCCACGCCGUCCUCACCGGUAUCAAGACGCUCCAGGGCCCCGGCGCGGAGCUCAAGGUCGACGACAAGGAGUUUGUCGACGUGCUCUACAAGCUUCUGCUGCGCUUUGCCGAGGGCGAGAACGUGGCGUCGUUCCCGACCGCGCUCCAGUGCGUCGAGGCCGUCUUUGUCCGGAGGAAGGAAAUCAUGGUCGACCGCGUCGCGGCUUUUGUGAAGCGCCUUGCGCUCGUCUCGACGUACCUCCCGCCGCACCAGAUCCUCGCGGUCUCGGCGCUCAUUCGCAGCCUCUUCCAUCGCUACAACAAGCUGCACCAGCUCCUCGAGAAUGAUCAGGACCGCGUCGCGUCCGGUGUGUACCGCGCCGACGUCAACGACCCGGACUUUAGCAACCCCUUUGCGGCCGCUUGCUGGGAGUUGACGCUGCUGGCGCAGCACUACCACCCGGUCGUCGCGUCCUUCUCGGCCGGCACGGCAGACCUCGCGCCGUCGCUCCCGAACGAGUACCCCAAGGCGCUUCUGGAUCGGUACGACACCAUGGGCACGGGCGAGUUUGCGCCCCGGAUUGCCAUCCCCAAGCAAAACCCACUCUUCAACAAGAUUGCGCGCCACGAAAAGCAGAAGAAGCAGGCCAAGCCCGUCUUCAUCGCGCCCGUGUACCGCCGCCCGUCGACCUUCUUGACCGCGUGCCUCGAGCUCGACGAGGCCGAGAACACGCUUUCGGCUGCCCCUUAAAUUCCUCAUAUAUUGCUUGCACG